CUGAAGCAAAACGAACCUUCUUCCUCAGACACAAUGCUUCGAAGCUUAUUAGUACCUCGAGCGGCCGCCAGGUCGGCUUUCAAGAAAUCAUCAUCUCUUCCCGCUGUAAUCGCCCCUUCAUCAAUUGCAAGAUGGUCGAGAAGAGGAUACGCGACGGAAGCUGAGGAGAAGGAUUUGGUCAUUAUCGGGGGUGGUGUUGCUGGAUAUGUUGCUGCCAUCAAAGCUGGCCAAGAGGGCAUGAAGGUCACAUGUAUUGAGAAACGAGGUACAUUGGGCGGAACAUGUCUGAAUGUUGGCUGCAUUCCCUCGAAAGCUCUCCUCAACAACUCGCAUCUUUACCACCAGAUUCUCCACGACACGAAGGCUCGGGGUAUCGACGUCGGCGAUGUCAAACUGAACCUCGCACAAAUGAUGAAGUCAAAAGAUACCGCUGUCUCUGGCUUAACGAAGGGUGUCGAGUUCUUGUUCAAGAAGAACGGCGUCGAGUAUGUCAAGGGCACAGCAUCUUUCGCAGGCGAACAUGAGAUUAAGGUCAACCUCACCGAGGGAGGGGAGAAGACUAUCAUCGGAAAGAACAUUCUCAUUGCCACUGGUAGUGAAGCCACACCUUUCCCAGGGCUGGAAAUCGACGAGAAGAGAAUCAUCACCAGCACAGGUGCCAUUGCUCUUGAUAAAGUCCCCGAGAGCAUGGUUGUCAUUGGCGGAGGAAUCAUUGGCCUUGAGAUGGGCUCAGUCUGGUCAAGACUAGGAUCAAAAGUCACUGUCGUCGAAUUUCUCGGCCAAAUCGGUGGACCCGGCAUGGAUGCCGAAAUCUCGAAAGCCGCACAAAAGAUCUUGAAGAAGCAAGGCAUUGAUUUCAAGCUCAACACCAAGGUCCUUGGUGGCGAUGCUACAGGUGACAAGAUCAAGCUUGAGGUUGAGGCUGCCAAGGGUGGCAAGAAGGAGACCCUUGACGCCGAUGUCGUGUUGGUUGCAAUUGGUCGCCGACCGUACACGGCAGGUCUCGGAUUAGAAAACGUUGGUCUUGAGACCGAUGAGAAGGGAAGAUUGGUCAUUGACCAUGAGUUCCGAACCAAACUUCCACAUAUUCGCGUGGUCGGUGACUGCACUUUCGGCCCCAUGCUUGCCCACAAGGCUGAGGAGGAAGCCGUCGCUGUUGUCGAGUGGAUCAAGAAGGGCUACGGACACGUCAACUAUGGUGCCAUUCCAUCCGUCAUGUACACCCAUCCCGAGGUCGCGUGGGUUGGCCAGAACGAGCAGGAAGUCAAGGCUUCCGGAGUGGAGUACAAGAUCGGCACAUUCCCAUUCUCAGCAAACUCGAGAGCGAAGACAAACUUGGACACCGAGGGUUUCGUCAAGAUGAUUGCUGAUGCUAAGACGGAUAGAAUUCUUGGUAUUCACAUCAUCGGCCCGAAUGCCGGAGAAAUGAUUGCUGAGGGAACGUUGGCACUCGAAUACGGUGCUUCAACAGAAGAUAUUGGACGAACGAGUCACGCACACCCGACUCUUGCAGAGGCAUUCAAGGAGGCUGCUAUGGCCACUUACGGAAAGGCGAUUCACUUUUAAGCAUACCCCAUUUGUAAGAUAGGUAGAUAAAAUGAACAUGAUUGAGCGGAAAGAUUAUUUAAUUGCUAACUUUAAGAUGAGCACGAAUGAACAACUCCAAAAAAUCCAAAAAUCUGCAUUGUAGAUAUCUAGUCAAAAUCCAUUCAUUAUCCAUAAUCAUCAUUCCACCUGUAUCGUUGAGACCUAGUAAGGAAUGUAUCCUUUGAUUUCCUUGCAUCUUUAAUCAUGG